GAAUACUGAUCAGUUUGUUGUUGCUGUAAGCAACUCUUGGGGGAGGGGGCUUUGUGAUGGAGGGGGAAUUCCUCAAAGGAAACAGCCUUGAGGUGCCUGAUCGGGAUAACGGUCUGGUGAAGAAGACUCAGCUGUUGGACCGUGGCCAGUGGGCGAACAAGGUGGAGUUUCUGCUGGCUGUUGCAGGAACCCUGGUGGGACUGGGAAACCUCUGGAGGUUCCCAUAUUUGUGCUACAAAAAUGGGGGAGGUGCAUUUCUGGUUCCGUAUGUCCUGUUUCUGCUCUCAUGUGGAAUCCCAAUGUUCCUUCUGGAGACAGCAAUGGGACAGUUCACAUCUCAAGGAUGUAUUACUUGCUGGAGGCAUUUCUGCCCCUUGUUUGAAGGGAUUGGUUACGCCACCCAGGUAGUGAUUGCAUACGCUGCUGUGUCAUACAUCGUCAUCCAGGCCUGGGCCUUCUUCUACCUCUUCUCAUCCUUUAGUGCUGAGAUCCCAUGGGCCAGCUGCAGGAACGCAUGGAACACAGAGUAUUGCAUUGAAUUUGAUAAAACAAAUGUGUCAGCUAAUUGGACAGCAGGUGCAAACACAACAACGCCUGCAACAGAGUUCUGGGAGAGACGAGUACUUGGUAUAUCUAACGGGAUUGAGGAGAUCGGUAGCCUGAGGUGGGAGUUGGCCUUGUGUCUCUUACUGGCUUGGAUCCUGUGCUACUUCUGUGUGUGGAAAGGAGUGAGGUCCACUGGAAAGGUAGUUUACUUUACAGCCACUUUCCCCUACCUGAUGUUGGUGGUUCUGUUGGCUCGUGGACUCACUUUACCAGGAGCUAUGGAUGGCGUAGCUUUCUACCUUUAUCCUGACCCGACAAGGUUGGUGGACCCUCAAGUUUGGAUGGACGCAGGUGCACAAGUCCUUUUCUCUUUUGGUAUCUGUCAGGGGAGUUUGACAGCUCUUGGCAGUUACAAUCAGUAUAACAAUGAUUGUUACAAGGACACAUUUGUUUUGUGUUUGGUGAAUGGUGGGUCGAGCUUCGUGGCAGGGUUUGCUAUCUUUUCAGUUUUGGGCUUUAUGUCCUACGAACAAGGACUGCCAAUAUCUGAAGUGGCUGCUUCUGGUCCUGGUUUGGCAUUUAUUGCCUAUCCGAGGGCAGUGGCCAUGAUGCCUUUUCCUCAGUUGUGGGCUAUAUGCUUCUUCAUCAUGGUCAUCUUGCUGGGUGCUGAUACACAGUUUGUGAGUUUAGAGUGCCUGAUGACCUCCGUGACGGACAUGUUCCCCACUGUUUUUCGGAGAGCUUAUCGUCGAGAAUUGCUGCUGCUUUGUCUCUGCUCCGUCUGUUUCUUUCUUGGUCUCCUUCUUGUCACAGAGGGGGGCUUGUAUUUCCUUCAACUGUUUGAUCAUUAUGUUUGUAGCGGCAACAAUCUUCUCCUUCUUUCGGUGUGUCAGUCAAUAGCAAUUGGAUGGAUAUAUGGUGCCGAUCGUCUGUUUGACAACAUUGAAGACAUGAUAGGUUACCGUCCGCGGCCACUAAUGAAGUUCUGCUGGCUUUACGUUACCCCUAGUAUUUGUCUGGGUACCUUCAUCUUUUCAGUGGUGAAAUACAAGCCUCUCAAGUUCAACAAAACCUAUGUUUACCCGACCUGGGCCUACGCUUUGGGCUGGUUCCUUGGACUGUUCUGCGUUCUGCUGGUACCUCUGUGGAUCAUCUUUAAAGUAACCCAGAUGAAAGGAACGGUGUGGCAGAACCUAAAUCAGCUUUGCCGCCCGGAAAUCAAGACACACAACAACGCAGCAAAGCAGCCUGAGCAAUGCCCUUUGAACCCCGACAACACUCUUUCUCCUGCUGCCAAUGAAUACAAGGGAAGUGGUGGAGCUGAGAUGGAGAUGCAAGUCUGAGAUGAAGAUUUUUUUAAAAAUGUGUUUGGAUGUAGUUUUUAACUCCAGUUUUACAAGCUAAGCAUCUUUAAGGAGUUAUGAUGAGCAAUAAUUUCUUCCAGCUCUACUAAGUUACUAAAUCAGGUCUGCAACCUGCACAACAGACAGACUCACUGUGAAAUGCCUCUGCUGUAGAGUAUUGAGAGGAGAAAAUUGCAAUAAGUAAAGCAUUUUAAUAGGUAUGGUAAGUUCAAUCAACAUUUCCUCCAUGCAUCAUAUGCCAGCUAGAUGAACUGCCAAUCUUGAUGUUCACUGUCUAUUAAAAUCUAAAAUCCAACCCCUAAAAAACAACAAAACAACAAUUUUUUAAAAUCCAAAUUGAGUGGCAGCUGAUGUAUAGAUACAAUGCAGAAGGCCUUUAUGAGUGGAAAAUGUUGCCUUUUUUAUUUGUGAAUAUAAGCUUUGCCUUAUACAAGUUUUGCAGCUACAUGUCCGGCUGCAGGGCAGAUUUAAAUUUCUACUUUCUGACUCUAUUAGCUGUCUAUAUUAUACAUUUACUUUUAUUACAUUUAUUUACCAACACAAAUUGAGCUAUCAUCUGUUGUAGUACAGUGGAGACCAUAAACCUGAGUCUGUUACCAAGAAACAAACUACUGCUGGCAGUACAUACCGCACAUCACAUUCUGCUGAAGCAGCAGUCUUCACAUCUCACUCAGUGAUGUGGUUUAUUUUACGGGUAUUCACACUCACAGUUUAUUACAUGGAGACAUAUUUUAACUCCCUCUCUGCAUAGACAAUAUGAGGUGACCUGCAUUUGAAGGAUUUCCAAGGAUUCAACUUGUCUUUGCAUCACCACAAAGGCUAAAAAGUAAACUGUGUACAUGAAAAGAGAGAGGUCUACUACUACAAGCUCAAAAGCGGCUGUCUAGAACUAGAAAUUACACCUUGUAGCACCAACUUAAUACAUGCAGCAGUUCAAAUCAAUUUACCUUAAGAUUCUGGAUACAUUUUUGGAUAAAUAAAAAAAGGAUAAAAGCGACAACUGCUGAGGCUUAUGGGUACUGUAGUAAAAAUGGGCAAUACCAAACUGAAAAAAUAAUUAUUUGAAAUGAAGUUGAAAUAUUUGCAAAUGUUGUAUGAUGAGGAACAUUUAAAAAAUCAAUGUGAAUUUAUAAUGUGGAAACUUGCAGCUCUGACAGAUGUUUUAGUAAGUGCUGUGCAAACAAAACACACUACGCAUAAUUUUUGGUAGUGGAUUAAGACUUUUGGGCCCCAGACAUAGUAUGUAUUAUGGCAAUGUACAAAAUUAACCCUAAAAUGUUGUUACAACAUUUUACCUGUAGCACAAAUCCAUGCACUGUAAUAACUACAAUGAUAUAGUAUAUAGUAGUAUAUAAUAACUAUAUUCAGUGCCAGAGCUUGCAAUGAUUUUGGCAUAUCAGUUUACUCACCUAAAAAACAACAAAACAAAAACACAAAAAAACAGAAUUAUACUUUUUUAAUACUAUUAUAUUAAAAAUGGUUACUGGAAGUAAACAGCUAAAAAAACUUUGUUUUCAUGUCCCUGUAUGUAACAAGCUACUUAAAUAAAUAGCAAUAAAUAGAAAAAAACAAACAAAUCACUUUCAAAUUACAUGACGUUGCUGAUUUGAAGAUUUCCUAAAGUUGGUCUGUUCUCACAAUAAGUAAAUGUCAAUUCAGUGUGGACUUUGUAUCAGAAAACAUUUUGUUGACAAAUUAUUUUCAUGCUAUGAGAAAUCAAUAAAUAUUAUUUCA